CCCCAAAAUAAAUCAAAACCCUAGUUCAUCUAUCUUCUCUCCUUCUCAUCUCCCUCCAUCUUUUCUGUCAAUGGAAUCCGAAAUGAACACCAUCGUGCCGGAUACUCCCCCCUGGCGUUACCGCAGCCGCAGCCCUCCACUCCGGCGAAACGUGAAUCGCUCUUUGUUCAGAAGUGUUCUUGUCGCCCCCAUUUCGGAUUUUGAAAGUUCAGGGUCUGAUCCGGUUGUUUCAGUGAAGGAAUAAAAAACGGUGGUGCCGGAAACUCCGAUUCCGUUUGAGGACUCUGGUACGGUGGAGAUCGUUCUGCCAUUUGAAGACUCGACUGCGGUAGUGCCGGAGAUGGUUCUUCUGUUUGACGAUUCCGACAUGGUAGUGCCAGAGAUGAUUCCUCCUUGUGACGAAUCUGACAUGGUGGUGCAGGAGAUGAAACUCCCAUUUGACUUCUCGCACUCGUUUUUUGCCACAUCCACAAAGAUUUCUGAAGCAGGUGAUAACAGGAUUAAAAAACCGAUUAUUUAUAAUUCAGAGAGAGUUGUCAUGGAAUUUCUGGCAAUAUAUUGGCCUGGGAUGUUCAUCUCACCAGAAUCAGCUGCUGCCAAAUGUGAACAACAAUGGGUUUCAAGUUUUGCUUGUGAUCCAUAAACAAGUGUUGUUGUUGCUGCUACUACUUUUGACUCCAAAUUCUGCUGCUACUUCUGCUGCUGCCACUUUUGACUCCAAACUAUGCUAUUUCAUUUUUUGGUCCAUGGUUACAUCAAUGAUGUUUUUUAGGCUAAUAUAGUUUGGCAGUAUAGAAUGGAGACUUGACUUCUAAUGGCUCUUGUUGUUGUAUUGAAUGUUUCUAGUAUAGAAUGGAGACUUAACUUCUGGCUCUUGUUGUAUUGAAUAUUUAUGU